AUGAUGGACUCUGGCUGGCAGCCUUACCAAGACCCUCAUCUGGGUCAUCCCGCGCAGUUUAGUGCGGCGUUGGCCUCGCAUCCUCAGCAAGUACCCUCGAAAUACGGUCAGCCACCAGCACAGCCGCCCGUCGGAUAUACCUACGAGACCUUCCAAACACCUGGCACGGCCUCGAAAGCACCCUCGGCCGGGACAAAUUCGAAAACCGUCUCCAUGGCUUCGUCGCCAGCCGCCACGCCACGUACCCGGGAUUAUGUCACCGACGCGGAUACCACCAUGGAGGACGCCGACCCGUACAACCGGGCAAAGUACCCCUCGAGGCCAAACCACAGUCGCGCUUCCUCGCAGUUCUUGAAUCAAGCAGAGGAGUCUUCGGCUGCCCGCAGGUAUUCACCGGGGAACGUGAUUUCGCCGCCGAUGUCAUAUCCCACCAGUCCUGGUAAGUCUCAGGGCUCGUAUGGAUUCCCAUCCGCGCCCCAGAGUGGCUCUCGACGAUCGCCUUCCAAGCCAGAAUACGCUUCACCACCCCAGGGAUUCCAGUCGCCGCCAUCCAAUCGCGCCCCUAGACUCCCUCCCCUGCAAUCCGGUGACCUGAGCCCCGACCAGUACUAUCCUCCCUCGGCUUCUUCGCACAUGAGUCCCGGAUUCGGUGGAUCGCGAUCACCGCGAUCCGGCUCCCUGCCAUCACAGCCUCCCCUGGUCGCAGGCCGUGGCCCUGUCCCGAAGUUCCGGAAGAUCCAGUCCGUCCAAGAGCUCCAGCCCCGUACGAACGUGCAGCCCGCAUAUCGACGCGCCAACCCAGAAGGUGGAUUCAUCAGCCCGCUUCAAUCGCUUACAACCCACCUUCCGGCCACCUAUCGCAUAUGUAACCCCGGAUUCAAUUACGAGUCUUCGAGGAACCCCAGGCGCGUUUUGACCAAACCCAGCAAGGGUUGCAAAAACGAUGGGUAUGAUAACGAGGACAGCGAUUACAUCCUCUACGUGAACGACAUCCUCGGGAGCGAGGAAGCUGGUCAUAAAAACCGAUACCUCAUUCUCGAUGUCCUCGGUCAGGGUACCUUCGGUCAAGUCGUGAAAUGUCAGAAUCUGAAGACUGGAGAAGUUGUGGCCGUCAAAGUCAUCAAGAACAAGACUGCAUAUUUCAAUCAGAGUAUGAUGGAAGUUUCGGUCUUGGAUCUGCUGAACAGCAAGUAUGACAAGAACGACGACCAUCACCUGCUUCGCCUGAAGGAUACUUUUAUUCACCGACAGCACCUGUGUCUUGCAUUUGAGUUGCUCAGUGUCAACCUUUACGAGCUUAUCAAGCAGAACCAAUUCCGUGGACUCAGCACCACCUUGGUCCGGGUGUUUGCCCAACAAUUGCUGAACGCUUUGAGCUUGCUGAACAAAGCGCAUCUAAUCCACUGUGAUUUGAAGCCUGAGAAUAUUCUUCUGAAAAAGCAAAGCCCUAUCAUCAAGGUGAUCGAUUUCGGUUCUGCUUGCGACGAACGGCAGACAGUGUACACUUAUAUUCAGUCUCGAUUCUAUCGAUCGCCCGAGGUACUAUUGGGCUUGCCCUACUCUUCCGCGAUUGAUAUGUGGUCCCUGGGCUGUAUUGUUGUGGAGCUCUUCCUGGGCCUGCCUUUGUUCCCUGGAUCCUCCGAGUAUAACCAAGUUUGCCGAAUUGUUGAGAUGCUCGGCAUUCCACCCACAUGGAUGCUGGAGAUGGGCAAGCAAUCCGGCGAAUUCUUUGAAAAAACACAAGAUGAAUUUGGCAGGAAGACCUACCGCCUCAAGACUCUAGAGCAGUACUCAAGGGAACACAACACCAAGGAACAGCCCAGCAAGAAGUACUUCUCCGCAUCGACUCUGGAAGAGAUCAUCCGAAGCUACCCAAUGCCACGCAAGAACAUGAAGCAAGCAGAGGUUGAGCGAGAACUUAACAACCGCGUCGCUUUUAUUGACUUUGUCCGCGGGCUGCUGUCAAUCAACCCCCUGGAGCGUUGGUCACCCCAGCAAGCCAAGUUACACCCAUUCAUCACCCAGCAGAAGUUCACUGGGCCUUUCAUGCCACCCAUGAACCUCAAGUAUUCCACCGCCAACAAACCUGCCCCUGGUGUUCAACAGCAACAGCAGGCUGAGACCGCCAGCAAGCAAAGAGCAGCCCAGGCGGCUCAUGCGCAAAAUGCCUAUGCUGCCCAGAUGAGCCAAUUCCACACCCCGCCCCAGCAGCAAGCUCCACCCAUGUACAACGGCAUGUACCAGCAAGGCGCCCCGCCUCCUCCAUAUCCCACUCAGCCUCCAGGGUAUGGCCAUCAAAUGGGCAUGGUUCCCGGCAGCCAAAUGCCUCCACAGAGCCUAUACGCACAAGCCACAACACGCGCAGGUCGUCAACGGGCUUCCACCAUGGACCCCAACGGUGGAAUCCCAACUACCAUCCAACGCGUCGCGAGCCACCUGGAUCCCAACGCGCCUAUUCGGCUGCAACCAAGCCCUGCAUACUAUCCUCCUCCUCCCGAUGGAUACGUAGAUGCUAACGCUAACCAGCGGCGUCGCGGCAGUCGCGCAGGCGGUGGAAAUCAACGCAACCGUGACUUCAUCCGCACCCUUGAGGAUGGUGUGUUGAGCGAAGGAUACAUGAGUCAGAACCAAUGGCACUAG